AUGCAGCAGAAGCCGAGUCACACUCGAGAUCCUGACCUGCUUUUCCCUGUGUAUCAGAUAGUUGUGGAGAUCAUUCAGGCGACCACAAUCAGCAGUAUCCCACAACUGAAGAGACAGAGAGACAGUAAAGGGAAAGAAGCCGCUGCGCUGAAGGCCGACCUGUUACGUGCCAGGAACAUGAAGCGCUACAUUAACCAGCUCACGGUGGCCAAGAAGCAGUGUGAGAAGCGGAUCCGGCUCCUCGGGGGCCCGAACUACGAGCAGCAGGAGGACGGGGCCCCGGACGAAGGGGACGGCCCCCAGAGCCAGCGGAUCCUUCAGUUCGAGGAGAUCAUGUCGAACUCCGUGUACCGGGAGCAUUUCCGCGUCUACAUGGAGCGUGUGGAGAAGAGGGCUCUGAUCAGCUUCUGGGAGCUCGUGGAGAUGCUGAAGAGCGCACACAAGAAUGAAGUGCCGGCACUGGUGGGAGAGAUCUACCAGAACUUCUUUGUGGAGAGCAGGGAGAUCCCGGUGGAAAAGGCUCUUUAUAAAGAGAUCCAGCAGACGCUGGUGGGGAACAAGGGCACCGACGUGUUUCACAGGAUCCAGGGAGACGUUUACGAGACCAUGAAGGAGCGAUAUUACCCAUCAUUCCUGGUGAGCGACCUGUACGAGCGGCUCAUUAAACGAGAGGAGCAGCGGAGCAGCUCACAGUCCAGCAGCGAGGAGAAGGACGACACCUGUCAUGUGAUGGAAGGAGUGGACGUGGCCCUGGACGAAGGCAGUCGAGGCAUCAACGAACAGGCCAGUUACGCCGUCACCAAACUACACCAGCUGUACGAGAGACUGGAGUACAAACGCCAAGCGCUCGGCUCCAUCCAGAACGCUCCCCGGCCGGAUAAAAAGAUCGUGUCUCUGCUGAAGGAGGAGAUCUGCACCAUGGAGAAGGAGCACAGCGACCUCACGCUGCACAUCUCGCGCACCGACUGCUGGUGUGAGAACCUGGGCGUGUGGAGAGCCGUCGUCAGCAGCGCAGAGGCCUCAGAGGAGAACGGAGAACAGACGGCGUGUUACUGCGUAUCCGUGAGUCUGUCUGAAGACGACGACUGCAAGAACAACCGCUGGAGCGUCACCAGGAGGAUCAGCGAGUUUCAGGCUCUGCACAGGAAGUUGACGGAGUGUUUCCCGUCGCUCAAGAAGGUCCAGCUGCCCUCGCUCAGCAAACUGCCCUUCAAAUCCAUCGACCAAAAGUUCCUCGACAAAUCCAAAAAUCAACUCAACACGUUUCUACAGAAAGUGUUAACGGACGAGCGCAUGUGUCAGAGCGAGGCGUUGUACGCGUUUCUCAGUCCGUCUCCUGAAUACUUGAAGGUCAUCGACAUCCAGAAGAAAUCCUCCUUCUCUCUUGCAUCCUUCCUGGAGAAACUGCCGGGAGACUUCUUCUCACACCAGGAGGACGAGGCCGAGGAUGACAGUGAUCUCUCAGAUUACGGUGACGAGACUGACGGGAGGAAGGACGCACUGGCGGAGCCGUGUUUCAUGCUGAUCGGGGAGAUCUUUGAGCUCAGGGGCAUGUUUAAGUGGGUGAGGAAGACACUAAUUGCACUAGUCCAGGUCACGUUUGGACGCACCAUAAACAAGCAGAUCCGAGACACCGUACACUGGAUCUUCAGCGAGCAGAUGCUGGUCUACUACAUUAAUAUAUUCCGGGACACGUUCUGGCCCAACGGGAGACUGGCGCCGCACAACAGAAGCCGCUCGGAGAGCGAGCGCAAGGAGACCAAGGAGAGAGCGCAGCAGAAGCUUCUCGACAACAUCCCGGACGCACUGCAGAAUCUGGUUGGGCAACAGAACGCCAGAUACGGGAUCAUCAAGAUCUUCAACGCCCUUCAGGAGACCCGAGCCAACAGACAUCUCCUCUACAUCUUGUUGGAGAUGCUUCUUAAAGAGCUGUAUCCUGAGCUGAGCGUGGACGCCGUCCAGGCCUGAGGCGGCUCUCUCAAUCACGUGACUCGAGGGAGCGUCAUGAAUAUGUGCUUGUGUUUUAAUCUGUUCUUGUGUUUUUGGAGGAACAGGCCCGGUCACUCACUGCCAGCUGUCAUCUUCUGCUUCUCUCUUUCCUUUUCUUCUAGGGGGUUUUGCUUUGUAAUGUGAAUUUUGAGUGUAAAAAGAAGCCAGACCAAUGUAAACGCUCUACAUAUUAUUGUGACCAUUAUGAAGGCUUUUAAUCGUGCAAUAUGUCAUGUACAGUUAUUGUGAAGGUUCUGUUUGUGAUAUUAUUAUUAUUAUUAUUAAUAUUAUUAUAGACUUUUAUUUUUACCAAAAAUAGGCUAGAGCAUUUAUAAGCAAUAAAUUGCAAAAGAAGAUC